AUGCAAAUGUGCUACAACAACCUCAUGCCAGACACUGUGACUUUUGUUGCCACUGCUGAACCCCAAUCAUUUGAGGCUUUGGUGUCAAAUGUGAGCAAUGUUGAAAGACAAAUUGCUCGCCAAAAGUCCACAACCCAAAAAAUUCAAUUUGGGGAGAAGAAAAAUGACAAGAAGUCUGCAAAGGGAGAGUCAUUGGCCACUUUUAUCAAAAUAGGAAAGAAGAACGACAAAGGCCAAAGCAAAGACCCACACAAAAGGCUCACUCUUAAGGAGCGCAAAGAGAUCAAAUAUUAUUUUGACAAUGAGGAUGUAGAAGAAAUCUUUGACCAACUUCUUGCCUCUAAUGCUAUUACCCUGCCAAAAUCAAAGCGUCCUGCUGAGGCUAACAAGACAAACGACCCUAGAAUAUUGUCGGACAAAAUCCAAGAACUUCUUAACAAUGACGGUUUGGAGAUAGACUCCUCUUCCCCUCUCUCUGUGCAGCGCGUGCAGAGCUCUAUACCUGCGGAGGCUCAAAUACUCUCCCGGAGGUAA